AAUAUGAUUCGCACCGUAUCUCAGUUUUUAUUAUCUUCCACCAGUUUUUAUAUGCGAACAGUUCCAAAACGCGCCUGCCAAACCGUCGCUUAUGGUUAUAAACACGCUAACGACCAAAUACAGUACUUGAAAUCAGUGAUAAAUGAAAACGACGAAAUUAAUGAUUGGCCGUGUAUAAAGAGUAAAGUUUUAGCCAUACCUGGAACAAUUAACCCGAAAAACAUUGAUGCGGUUCUAUUAAAGAUCCUAAUAAAUGACAAGAAACUUAAUAUUGCUCAAUCUUUUGCAGAAUAUUUGUUAAGUUUUAGAGGAGAACUGAAUCUUGGAGCUACAAAUGCUAUAUUGAACCUAUAUGUUGAAUUAAACAAAAUUAACAAAUUAUCUGAUAAAGGAAGGAAGUUUAUAAUUGAUACUUUUAAACAUAUAAAUUACACAUACCAAGUACCAGAUUCUACUACUUGUGAGAGAUUAUUACAUGCUCUAUGUGCUAUUAAUGAAUGGCAUAAAGCAAUGAAAGUUCUUGAUGACAUUCAUGCGUCUUGUACACCUACACAUUCAGCAUUUAGCACAGUUAUUGCGACUCUUUUCAAAGCAAAUAAGAAAAUGAUGGCCUAUAAAUUAAUUGAUAAAAGUAUCUCCUUGCAGAGACCUUUAUUAGAUGUAGCUUAUGAAGAAUGGAUAAAUUUCAUUCUAAGAGAACAUAAACAUAAAAAAACAAUUACAAAGUAUUUAGACGAGUUGUGUUCUCAUGUAUCUAGAAACUUUAUUGUUAUACCUGAAAAGGCUGCUGAAAAGCUUAUGGGUGCUUAUGAAACAGUAGGAUGGAAUGCAAAGAUGACUAAAAUUAACAAAAAUAAUGGACAGUGUUUUAAUUGCAAUGCUAAAUUGGACUGCUUGAAGUUAUCAGAAGAUGAAUUCCAGUUAUUGCAGAGUAUCAUCAAAGAUAAACUCAUUGUUGGAUCUGAUUUGUUUCUGAAGACGUCACCUGAUGAAUUGAAGAGAUUUAUAAGCUUUGUUGAACAAACUGCACCCUAUGAUAUUGUAUUAGAUGCUUUGAAUGUUUCUUAUGCUGUUGGAAAGUAUAGUAAUGACAGAAUUGGCUUGUUGACUUAUGUUGUAGAACAUUUUCAAGCUAGAAAUAUGAAGAUAUUGUUACUGGGUAGAAAGCAUAUGCUAAGCUGGCCUAGAAUGAAAUUUGUGCUUAGCAGAACUUGUAACUUUUUCACUGACAAUUUAUCUCAAGAUGACCCUUUCUUUAUAUCAGCUGCGUUACUAAGUGGGCCUCACACCGAUUUCGUGUCAAGAGAUCUGUUGCGCGGGCAUAGAUUCAAAUUGCAGAAUGAACAACUUAUACACCUGUUUCAGAGGUGGCAAUGGCAACAUCAAUGGAAAGUUUUUACUGGUGGGUUUAGACCACCCAUAGUACAGCCACCACUUUCAGUGACGCCUUGUGCUCAAAAGAAUGACUCCACUUGGCAUGUCCCCUUCGAGAGGGCGGACGCUACAGUGACAUCGUUUGGACAAAUAAAAGAUGGAACCCCGGAUUGGGCGAGUUGGCUCUGUCUACAGCCACCUUUAAGAUGACAAUAAAUCGUUAUUUACGUUAAAUAGUUUUAUUACAAUUGGCAACUGGGAUAGUUAUAUUAAUAUAGCGUAUGCACUUGUACUUUUCUUUGAAAAUAUGAUGACUUGCAGGUAUGCGUGGCGUAUGCGUGCAAGUAAUGUAAAGGUAAACGUAACUGCAAGUUUGAUAAUGAGUAGGUACCUAUAUUUUUUAUGAUACUAAAAUGACAGGACGAUUAAGUUGUGCGCCUGGUGGUAAGC